UUGUGGCGCACCUGUGAACCUAUCAAGAAGGUGGUGGCAUUUCUCCCGGCGACUUUUCCCAAAGCUACAUAAGUAUGACCACAUUGUCAGUUUUCUAGAAUCACAAACAACAACAAAAACCCUGACAACAAUGACACAGAACCACGUGUCGGGGAUGGAGACGUCCGCCGUGUCCGUCCUGAAACGGGCGGUGGAGCUGGACCAGAGCGGCCGCUUCCAGGAGUCUCUGGUCUGCUACCAGGAGGGAAUCCAGCUGCUGAUGGACGUGCUGAAAGCAGCCGUGAAGGAUGAUUCGAAGAGAGGCCACUACAGACAGAAGAUCAAGGGCUACAUGGACCGAGCGGAGCAAAUCAAAGCUCACGUGAGCCAAUUGAAGGAAGAUGGGAAGUACCACGAGCAGGUUAAAAUAUCGGAGGAUGCUACAGGUUACAGCUACGAGGCUCUGUUCAAGCCCUACAUCAGCAGCUCACUGACGGAGGUCUGGGUGGAGGACCCGUACAUACGACACAUCCACCAGCUGUACAACUUUGUGCGGUUCUGCGAGAUGCUGAUGAAAGCCUCCUGCAAGGUGAAGAGCAUCCAUCUACUGACUUCACAGGAUGAACCGGACGGCAGCCAACAGACGAGCGCGUUGUCUGAGCUGAGAGAGAGUCUCGGUGCUCACGGAGUGACUCUGGAUCUGCAGUUCUCCUCCACUAUACACGACAGGGAGAUUAGGUUCGACAAUGGUUGGAUCAUAAAGAUAGGAAGAGGGUUGGAUUACUUCAAGAGACCUAAGGGCCGGUUUUCUCUUGGAUAUUGUGACUAUGACCUCAGGCAGUGCCAAGAGACCAGUGUAGACAUUUUUCACACCAAACACACAAAAACACUAUGAGAUUCCUGAAGAUGAAUAUACCGCUAUUCUAACUCAAGGGACUUGAUUUUACUUUCCUGCCUUUAAAACGCAAAUACUCAUUUGCUGUCUCGAUGGAUUUGCCUUCACUUGCGCCAAUGAUCGGCCUCAUGACAAUCGAACAACCACACAGAUUUUGUCCGAGGUGUUUUUCGAUAUGCUUCUCGACACAACUGUGUGAUUAGAUAUUCUAUAUUUAUUCUGUGGGUUCAUCUUUUAUACGAUCAUUGUGAGGGUGUUAUACCGCCAUCUGGUGGAAUUGUUCAUUCAAAUGUUUUUUAUUAUUAAAAGUGCUUUUACAAUAUCA